AUGCCUCAUCAAUCAAAGCCCCACGACCUGGUAAGUCACAGAGAGGAGUCAGAUCCGCCCUUCCGUUCAGAACUUAUUGUGAUUUGCAGCUCGGCAGACCGGGACCUUCGAGCUCUCGACUUGCUGGCCACAAUGCAGCCAACGAACCUCCGCCUGAUGAUGAAGUCGAAUUUGUCAGUGAGCGACCUGUUGAUCGUACACGCAAGAGAAGUGCGAGUGCUGCAGGCCUUGCUACAGAAAAUUCGCGGUUCCGGUACGUGAUUCAUGAACCUGGGCGAUCGAAAGCCACUAAAUGCUAAUUUUUACACAGAAAUCCCCACCGUGCAAUAGAUGUCACGAUAAACAAUCUGAAUACCGCCAUUGCAAAAGCCUCCACUGCCAUCACCCAUGCCUCUAAUCACGCACGGAACCCCGAAGGCGAGUUAGGCGAGAAACUUCUUGAAGAAGCACAUUAUCAAGCUAUUUUUCCGUGGGCUGGGUAGGUGAUUUAUGAUCCUGAGCGACCAGAAGCCACCGAAUGCUAAUCUUUCCACACUGCAGAGAUCCUUUUCGUUCAACAAUGAAUUCGGCGAUGCACGUUGUGAAUACCGCAAUUGAAGACGCCUCGACAGCUAUUACCCAAGUCGCUAAUUCCGCACGGAACCUCCAAGGUGUGAUGGGCGAGGAAGAGGAUCAGUUUGUCUAUCUUGUUUUCGAGACGCGUAUCCCUAGACUGUCCUAACAUACUCCUUCUUCUCGUUGGGACAGAAUCAUUUUGUUCCCGGAACAUGGCAAAGAACCGGCAUUGAAAGGUUGUUACUCUGAUCUCGAAGCUGCAAACGACCAUGUCAGACUUCUGUGGGAAACCGACGACGCGAUGACAAUGAGAGGUGGCAAUUUUAUACCAGGACAAAGACAUUGCUACUAGGUAGCGCCUUCUCGUACUGAAGACCGAGAAGGAAAUUGCGUAUACGUUGAACGUCGGGCAAUUCGUGGACGCUCACUAAGAGGUAGACACUGGGAAAAACCCUUGGACGGGUACGAUGCACAAACGGCAGCAAUGACAACACGGCUUGUUGAGCGGAGAGGAGUAGUUAAGGAAUGAUCACUACAGCCAUAAGGUUACAGA